CUGUCAUUAUCCUAAAUCUUUUUUUUUCCCUCUCCAGCUUAUUUUCAGUUACUUUGUAAAGACGGAAGGCUCAUGGUACAAAUUAUUGUCUCCAGUGCUGGGGCUGGAGGCCUGUCAGAAUGGGUGCUGAUGGAGCUACAGGGGGAGAUCGAGGCUCGCUACAGCACUGGAUUAGCCGGAAACCUCCUGGGAGACCUACAUUACACCACUGAGGGAAUUCCUGUGCUGAUCGUGGGUCAUCACAUCCUGUAUGGGAAAAUCAUCCACUUGGAGAAACCUUUUGCAGUCCUUGUCAAACACACUUCUCCGGAGCAGGACUGUGAUGAGCGUGGCUGUAAGACUGGCACCCGGUACCUGGUGACAGCCCUCAUCAAAAACAAGAUUCUUUUCAAAACUCGCCCCAAGCCCAUCAUCACCAACGUACCCAAGAAAGUAUGAAAGAACCCCGGAUUUUCCCUAGAGAGCGGCCAACUCCUUGGACUCGUGCUCCACUGCCACCUCGAGGACGGAUGGACGGUUCCCUGGGACCACAGGGGGGUCAGGGUCCUGCUCUAAACACUGGCCACCCUCUGGGCAUGGCCUCAGAUUCCUUCCUUAUGGCAUCUGGUUCUCUUGGUGGAAAUCUGGCCCCGUUUCCAAGGAACCAUUCUUUUCCAGCUUCGUCAGGCUCAUUGGCUUCAAAUCCAGCACCUUUCCCUGCUGGUGCUCGUGACUCAAGCAUGGCUUCUUUUCCGAGGGGAAUGAAUCCCACUGCCGCAGGUGCAGUUUCUUUCUCGAGGCCUGGUGGCCUCUUGGGCCCAGGGCCAGGGCCAGCUCUAAACCCUCGAGCAGGGGCUCUUCCAGGCCCAGGGCCUCUGUCUAACCCGAGGUCAGGGGGUCUCCCAGGGCCAGGUCCUAUGCCCCACUCAAGGGCAGGUGGCCUCCUGGGAACAGGUCCUGACUCCAGAAGUGGGGGCCCUAUGGGUCCUGGAUCUGGACCCAACCUGAGAACGGGUGUCCUCUUGACUCCUGGGAAUGGCCCUCCCAAUACUAGGCCCAUUGGCCUGGGCCCUGGACCAAGUCCCAAUCUGAGAUCGGGCUUCAUGGGUACAAACCCUGCCCCAAGGUCAGGUAUGUUUCCAGGCCCCGGCCUUGGGCCCAACCCAAGAGCAAGUGGUUUGGGCCCAGGCCUUGGGCCCAACCCAAGGGCUGGUGGCCUGGGCCCAGGCCCCAACAUGGACACCAGAGCAGGUGGCCUCUUGGGCACAGGAUCUGGUCUUAACUUGAGAAUGUCUGGACCUCAAAACCUAGAUCUUGCCCCCAUUCUGAGAGCAGCAGGUCUUUUAGGAGCAAAUUCCGCUUCUUUCUCACAGGCUUCUGGAAACAUGGGCACAAGCCCAUCUUCCAUGGCAAGAGUACCUGGCCCCAUAGGCCCCAACUUGGGUCCUGGCUCUCGGGGAAUUGGCCUUCCAGGGCCAAAUCCAUCUCCCAUGUCGAGGGCUUCUGGCCCCAUAGGCCCUAAUUCAGCUCAUUUUUCAAGGCCAGCUGGUCCCAUGGGGGUAAAUACUAAUCCCUUUCCAAGGGGGACAGGUUCGGGGGCACUGCACCCAGCUGCCUUUUCUCAGUCUUCUGGAACAUUGGCUUCAAACCCACCUACUUUUCAGAGGUCUGCUGGCUUCCAGGGUUCAAAUCCAGCAGUUUUCCCAAGAGCCUCUGGGCCACUAGGACCCAACCCAGCUAAUUUCCCAAGAGCCCCUGGCUUACAGGGCCCAAGUCCAGCUACCUUCCCAAGGUCUACUGGCCCAUUAGGCUCUGGUCAGGUGACUUUCCCCAGGUCAGCUUCUGGGCCUUUGGGCUCCUCAGCAGGCCCUGGGGGUAUCAACCCGGCUCCUUUUGCAAGGCCAACUGGGACCCUGGGUCUAAACCCAGCUUCCUUUCCAAGGAUGAAUGGUCCUAUAAUGAAGACUGUGGUCCCAUUUCCUAGAGUGGGUAGUCUCCCUGGCACAAACCCAGCUGCUUUCCCCAGACCAGGGGGUCCAAUGUCUGCAAUGUACCCAAAUGGAAUGUUACCCCCUUAAACAGCAUUUCCUCUCUAGGACCACCUUGGUUUCCAAGCAUCGUGGUUCUGGGCAGAGGCUGUGUUUUAAGUAAAAGGGUAGUCAUGGAGCUGGGGCUCAAGUUCAAAUGAGUCAUCUUUUUUCAAACUCUGCUUCUUUCUUGAUUAAAGGUGAAAUGUUAUUUGUGGGACAUGGACUGCGGCAGGUGGGAAUGAUCCCAGCCUUGAGAGAGGAUCUCUAGCCUUCCAGAAGCCUGCUGUGCUUUUGUCCCACAGCUUUCUGCCCCUUGUUUCUUGCUAGUUUCUUGAAUUGUUCUUGUGGACUUUUCCUCAGGGAUACAUUGACCUGCAGGUCCCAAUUCAUAUGUAGUUCCCUGCUCACCACUGGAGAAUCAGCUCACUGCUCUCUAGAAAUGUUGCAUUGGUGAAUGGACCAUGCUUCAGCAGCUCUGACCUGGGCAGCUUGGACCUGUCAUCCUCUACUGCCAUACCUUUCCCUGGGGGCUUGACACAGAACAGGGAGGUGGGCGGCCACUUUAAAGACCCACCAACUACAAUUUCCACUUGACUGGCAGGUCUUGGAGUUUCCUUCUCUGGGACUUAGAGGAGGCCAGAAUCAAGGCUCCACGGUUCAUCCAAUUCCCUCUCCACUGGUACUCCCAAUCAAAGAACCUCAAAAUUAAUCUGAUGUGGAUGGGAUAGCGGGAGGUGGGUGGGAGGGGUGGGGGUUGAAGGGAAGAAAUCACUGUGCUUUGUUCAACCUGAUGUGAAAGGAUGGUUGGUGUUUUUCCUGCGUUGUAUCUUUUCUUACUGUUUCUUUAAUAAAUGGGAUGAGAGGGC